UCCCGCCUGAGAUGCUAAGGGCAGGUCUAAGAUCUGACGUGUUGGCCCCUGCCCUGCAGCUAAGGAGAGGCCCGAGAAGACUGGCCAGCCAAGGUCAACUCCGGGACCACCUGCAACCACCAACCCACAGGGCAAGGUCAACUCUGGGACCACGCGCCGCAGUCUGGGAAUGGGCCCCGGACACUCUGGCUCCUGCUCCUCCGUCCUCCUGGACAGGACUCGCGGUGAGGCGGGGCAGACGGUGUGUUCUCAGGGGCCCAGGCGCUGCCAGGCAGGUGGGUCUUGCCCUGCGGUUCAUCCCAUGGCUCCCGCCCACUCCAUCCUCCGCGGGGCACCGGACCCGCGGCUGCCUUCCCAGGGCCGACCUCCGGGCCCUGCCGUCCCUGCCAGCCCUCCCAGGAGGACUCACCAUGACGCCAAGCACGGGUACCGGCCCUGGAGUCACCGCAGCCGUCCAGGACCUUGCCUUCCCAAUCCUGCAGCCGGGAACCUCUCCACUCCACGGGGCAGUGGGUCUUCCGGCUCUCCCGGAAGUCCUGCCCGCGCGGGACAGGAAGUCCCGCCCCUCUCCUGAGCGGCGUCGACCCCACGCCACGCAGAGGUUUGGGGCUGGCUCCUUGUGGGGACUGGACGGGUCGGAGGAGACCUGUGCCCCUGUCCUCUUCGCUCCCUGCAGGAGUGGUCCUCCAGCUCUCCCUGUCCUCAGGGCGCUGGCAUGGACCUGAGAAGGUGCCUCACGCUUCAGAGGAACCAGCGGAAGCCAGAAGAACAUCUACCGACAGCAGAGAAACCAGGAAGAGAAUUCUGCCAGUUUAACACAUUGCAACAUGAACGGUUUCCUUUUGGUUUAAAAUAGACAUACACAUGUAGCAUCAGUUCAAAGAAAGUAAAAUCUCCUAUAUGCCUCUUAA